CGACCGACCGACUGUGACCCUGUGUGUGUGAACUGGCAUACCGACAAUGCCUUCCAUGUACUGGGUAGAGAGGUACUUGUCUGGUCAUCAACACCAAGUAUCUCUCUCCUCCAUGCCGUCUCGGACACCAGGAUCAGCCAAGGUAAGUGGCACAAGGCAUGUGUCUCUCUCAUAAAUAUAUCGACACCAUAGCCUCGACUCCGCACGAGAUGCUCACCUCUCACACCAUCCAUACUUUUUUGUCUGUUCCGUACCAAAGUACUGCACUCAUCGCUCUCGUCCACCCGUCCCUCUUGAGACGUGAAAGCUACCUACGCAGUAUACACAUCUCGAUCAAGUGGGAAGCCCCGGUCCUCCUCCAAACAACACACAGAAGCAAGGCUACUGCUGGAAUCCAUCAACGGCUUCCAAUCCGCCUUCCUCUGCUAGCCCAACUGGGAGCAGCUACUGCCGAAUGUUGAUCGUCCCGAGAAGCACCUGACAUCUUGAACCACCUAAGCUACCGUCAACUCCCGAAGGAAACUAUCCAUCCACGAGCAAAGAAGGAAUUACUUGGACUCGUCUCUUCCUUACGGGCCACCGCAUCUUCACAAGCUUUGUGACUACCUACCUACCUUACCGUCCACCUCUCUCUUGUUGAAACUUGCUUAUUUGCUUGCUCGUCCGACUCGUCUUUCUCUCGACCUUCACCCUCUCCUCUCCGACCCCAAAGCAAGCCAUAAACCCAACCCCGCCUUCCUCUCCUCUCACUACUUCAGUAUUUCCCCAACGCCAGCACGCGACCUCGAAUCAAACAUUAGUCUUCGUGCAGAGUCAUUGCGACGCUUAUUCAACACUCUUAUACCCUAUAUCGACUGCAAAACGUCAAACCAUUAGCUGUACGAUAACCAUCCUAUCCAACAAGACAUCUCAUCUCUUGGUAAGUCGAAACGUUCGAGCCAACGUCGGUCUUCUCUCAAUGUGUCUCGAAAGCUUUCAUUGGGGACGCGAGGCGUUCAACAAGGGCGUUUGAGCUAAUCCCGUCUCUCUUCUCUCUCAUUCCCCUCAACCCCACCCCCGCUGCGGCUUUGCUCUUUGCAGACGACCCGGCAUUCUUCUACCAAUCUACCCUACCUGGCUCUGCAUAGUGUGCAAGUCCGAGACCUUUGUACAUCUCCAGCUCGAAGCUCUAGUAGCUCCAGCUCCAGCUCCAGCCCAAGCCGGCACCUUUCACUUACGAUCCACCUCAUUCCGCCUUACACCAAACCCACCUUGCCUUGCGUCUUACUCUCCUCCGUCUCCCCUCCUUCACUGGUCCAAGUCAUCUCCGGCCUAGUGCGGAACACCCUUCUCUUCCCACUCACCGUCAUUGAACCUCCCUUCCACUUACAUGGGAAGCGGAACACCUCAACCACGGCUGCAUCCACCCGGAGCUACCCCCCGUCCCUAUCUUUUCCGAUGACAUACCCCCGCCCCCACCGCCUCAUCUUCCAGGCCGAUGAGACCCGGGACCGUCACCUCGGUCACUGCUUCUAGUUCCGCCGGAUGCCCAGCCCUUGUCUCGUUCUGCAUCUACUCUACGCCGAAGCCUGCGCACUUGCACUACACCACUCAUCUGCAUACCCUGUCCAACGUGCGCCCGUUUCUGCAUGUGGGACUUGCCAUAGCCCAAAUGUGGAAUUGCGUCUUUGCGUCCCGUCUCAUGCUUUUGUUGGACCCCCACCGGAUCUGGUCCUCGUUCAAACUGACCGGGGGGUUGUCUUAACAUUGGUAUUUGACAGGCACGGAAGAACGAGGGAGCUCUCUCUCUCAUACUAUAAAGCUACCUGUGAAACCUCUUGGAUCGAACGCUGGCUAACUAGUGUCCUCUCUUCUUCUCUUUGACAGCUUCUCUACCUCUCAUCCUAGCUCUUCGACUGUCUACCCGAAGCAGCUAUCAUUCUCGACGACCUCUUCAACUUACACCGAGUUGAAUACUAGAGUAUACUGUGAUUCAGUCCUACUCACACAUCCACCAUCAUGAGCUCUUCAUCCAUCAAGCAGGCAGCUGAGGCCGCACGAACUCGCACCUCAGAAGUUCUGAAGGGAGACGGUGCCGCUGUCGCCAAUGACUUCCUUCACACUCCUGUCAUGAGGGCAGCGUUGCCCUUCAUCAAUGGCGGUAUCAGCGGCAUGGUAGCCACCUCUGUUAUCCAGCCCGUCGACAUGAUUAAGGUCCGCAUCCAGCUCGCUGGAGAGGGUGUUGCCGGAGGACCCAAGCCUACACCAUUGUCAGUCACCCGGGAAAUUCUUGCUAGCGGAAAGGCCCUCGACCUCUACACCGGUCUGUCGGCCGGUCUCCUGCGCCAAGCUGUCUACACAACGGCCCGCUUGGGCUUCUUUGACACCUUUAUGGGCAAGCUCGGCCAACGCGCCAAAGAGCAAGGAAACGCCAUUGGCUUCAAGGAACGUGCCACCGCAGGCCUCGCAGCCGGAGGUCUUGCCGCCAUGAUUGGAAAUCCUGCCGACCUUGCCCUCAUCCGCAUGCAGAGUGACGGACUGAAGCCCCUUGCUGAGCGCAAGAACUACAAGAGUGUCAUCGACGCUCUCUCAAGCAUUGCAAAGUCUGAAGGUGUUGCCGCUCUCUGGGCCGGUGCCGCCCCCACGGUCGUCCGUGCUAUGGCUCUCAACUUUGGUCAGCUCGCCUUCUUCAGCGAGGCCAAGGUGCAGCUCAAGCAGAAUACGCAGCUGUCCUCUCAAGUUCAGACUCUUACCGCCAGCGCCAUUGCCGGUUUCUUCGCCAGUUUCUUCUCUUUGCCCUUCGACUUCGUCAAGACCCGCCUUCAGAAGCAGUCCAAGGGACCCGAUGGCAAGCUUCCGUACAAGUCAAUGGCCGACUGCUUCGCCAAGGUGGCUAAGCAGGAGGGCGUUAUGCGCUUCUACCGCGGUUUCGGUACUUACUACGUCCGCAUUGCUCCCCAUGCAAUGGUAACACUCAUCGUUGCCGACUACCUUGGCUUCAUCACCAAAUAGACGCAGAACGAAUAAUACGAACGACACGAACGAGAGUCUCAUUCAAUCGCCGGCGCCCUCGAGGUCUCAGUCGUCUCGAAUAUUUCUUGUGGCUGGAGUGUAGCAGAGCAUAGCCUCCCCUCCGAGCCAUUUGGGCAUCGCAUUCUGAUUAGUCAUUCUUAAUGACCCGGCGCUCUCGGUGUUAUUGCAAGUCGGGUUUUCUUGGAGGUAAAUAGUAUUGCGUUUUGGGUUUAUGUCAAUGGUUUGGACAAGGAACGGAGACGAAAGAGAGGCAUACAGACGUACAUAGCCCCCGUCCACCCGUUGAAAGGGCAUUGAUGGGCGUAUGACCCCCCACGCUAUUUAGGGGACCGAAUAAAGAAGAAUUCAGCCAUA